CCAAACUGAAUGAUUACCAUGUCUGACUCAACUAUUGUCCUGAUAACCGGCGUCGCGCGAGGAAUCGGCAGAGGCCUCGCAGAAGCCUAUCUCUCCCGUUCAAACCACACCCUCAUUGGUACCGUGCGCGACACCACAGCCCCUAAUGUCGAGUCCCUUCGCUCUCACCCCAAAGGCCCCGGCUCCCGCCUCCUCCUCGUCCAGCUUGAAAGCACCAACCCCGAGGACUAUACCAAACUCGCAUCAACCAUAAAGUCCGAAGGGAUCAGCCACCUCGACGUCGUCAUCCCCAACGCGGGCGCUGCUUCACCAGCCGGAUCUCCUGCUACCGUUGACAUCCAGGACCUAACCAAGGUCUUUGAUGUGAAUACCCUAAGUACCCUUCGCCUGUUCCAGACUACUCGGGAAUUGCUGGAAAAGUCACCCGGGAAGCCAAAGUGGGCGUCCAUGAGCACUGCUGUGGCGUCUAUCGCUUAUGUAGAGCAGUAUGGGACAGCCAGGAUUUCGCCAUAUGCGUUGAGUAAGGUUGGAAUGAACUGGCUGACAGUGGCUAUUCACGCAACUGAAGAGUGGUUGACAGCUUUUGCGAUUCAUCCUGGGCUGGUACAAACAGAUAUGGGCAAUAGGGGUGCGCAGAUGAUCGGUUUGAAAGAGGCACCAAACACCAUUGAGGAGACGGUUACCAAGACAGUGGCUGCGAUUGACGGUGCGACACGCGAGGGUACGUCCGGCAAGUUUUUGAACAUUAUUGAUGGGACAGAGCUGCCAUGGUAGAGCUGCGAUGCAGUCCGUUGAGAAGCAAAGGCAGAAUUGUUGUGUAGUUUGAUUUUGCAUUAGAUCUCGGUAUUCGAAUAACCAUAUAAGGGCUUAAUCC